GAAGGUGGAGGGUGGACGAAUAAUUUAAAAAUAACUUUUUUUUUGAAAAUUGAGAAUCCAAAGUACCUCACAUCAAAGCUUUUUUUGAGACUGGUAGUUAAAUUUAAACGAGUGAUUUUAAAAAAUACAUCAGGUUGUUUGACUCAUUGUAAACACAGGCAGCACCCACCUUUUGGCCGCCACAUCGCUGCUAACAAGUCUUAGUUAUUUUUGUUUAGCUGAAGUCUCUGAGAGCGUGUUUGGAAAUUUCAAAUGCCUUGUGCUAUUUGUGGGAUUGACCCUCCUCUUUGCCUCCUCCCCCUCCUCCUCCUUUCUCCUCCUCCUCCGGUGUGUUCUUCCUCUAUGGUCCCUAGUCACCUGACCAAACGCCAUGCAAAUCACUCUGCUGCUAGAGCCUCAUUGGCCGCUUGUGGCUCAUUUAACCGCUGUCAGUGCGCAUCAUAUGGCCGCCGCUUUAACUAACUUCUCAACUCCGACAGGGAAAGUGGCUCCAAUGCGCAUUCUCUCACAGUGGAUGUGAAGACAGACUCAAAUACUGGUUGGAGAACAUUUUAUUCCACUUUUCGGAUUAUUUUUCAUCUCGUGUUUGAUUAAUUUGGGGUUAGAAUUAAUUUUGAAAGCCUGCCCUGUGCGCACUCGCUCCUGUGCGCGCCUUGAGCUAUCUUGAAAAGACUUUUUCUCUGUUGGUGGCGAAGUUUAAAAACCAGGUGAAUGUAUAGCAUGAUGAUGGAAACUGACCUCCAUUCCCCCGGCCCCCAAACGAACACAACCACGGGGCAAACGGGGCCGAAUAGUGGGUCCAAAGCGAACCAGGAACGGGUGAAGAGACCGAUGAACGCGUUCAUGGUUUGGUCCCGCGGGCAGCGCAGGAAGAUGGCACAGGAGAAUCCCAAAAUGCACAACUCUGAGAUCAGCAAGCGGCUGGGCGCCGAGUGGAAAGUGAUGUCCGAGGCUGAGAAGCGCCCUUUCAUCGAUGAGGCGAAAAGACUGCGCGCCAUGCACAUGAAGGAGCAUCCGGAUUACAAGUACCGGCCCAGAAGGAAGACCAAGACACUGCUGAAAAAGGACAAAUACUCCCUCGCCGGUGGACUGCUUUCUGGGCCCAGCGGGGGCGGUGGAGUUGGUUUAGGGGUUGGAAUGGGUUCAUCCGGGGUCGGUCAGAGGUUAGAGAGCCCCGGGGGUCACGGAGGCUCCGCCAGCUCCGGCUACGCGCACAUGAACGGCUGGGCAAACGGUGCGUACUCGGGGCAGGUGGCUGCAGCAGCGGCGGCCGCAGCGAUGAUGCAGGAGGCUCAGCUCGCCUACAGCCAGCACCCGGGCAGUGGGGCGCACCACCACCACCACUCACACCACCACCACUCACACAACCCGCAGCCCAUGCACCGCUACGACAUGACGGCGCUGCAGUACAGCCCCAUCUCGAACUCUCAGAGCUACAUGAACGCUUCUCCAUCCGGCUACGGCGGGAUCACCUACACGCAGCACCAGGGCUCCGGCGUCUCCUCCUCGGCUGCCAUGGGGACGUUAGGGUCGCUGGUGAAGUCGGAGCCGAGUGUAAGCCCUCCCGUCAGCAGCACACACUCUCGGGGUCCGUGCCCCGGAGACUUGAGAGAGAUGAUAAGCAUGUAUUUACCGACCGGAGAGCCGGGGGACCCGUCAAUGCAGAGUAGACUCCACGCGUUGCCGCAGCAUUACCAGAGCGCAGCGGCUGGAGUGAAUGGGACGGUCCCUCUAACACACAUUUAGACUCCCAGAAUAAUUGAAAACUGCAAACGAACACAUAACCAAAUAUUUACCUCUUUUCUAAACCACCCCGGCCCCGAGAACUACCUGCAUUUUGUACAGAAUGUUUAUUGUAAAUGAAGGUAAAUAGCAGAUUCAUCUCGGCUCUUUUGGAUUAGCCACCAGUGGAAUUAUAUAACGUACAUGAAGCUGAGAUAUUGGUUAUUGUGCUCUCAUCUUUUUGUCCAUCACUUCAGUCUUUAGUUGAGGGAUCCACCAGGUUCACAUGCUGGUGUUUGGUUUAA